AUGGCAAGUGAGGAAGAGAGCUUUCUUGUUUUAGUGCAUUGCUCUGAAAAAAUUAAAAGAAGCAAAAAAUAUGGUGUGAAGUUCACUGACAGAGAACCAUUGAGUGUAUUCAUCAGUUCAUCCAGCACUUUGUCAGAUGUAAAGAACAGCAUCUUGCAGAAGCUUGGGGUCUGUGGUAGCAAGUGGGUGAAGAAGCUAUUCUACAAGAUUCCCAUCUCAGUUGUCUCGACCGGUGUUAAGUAUGAUACAUUUGUGCUAGCGGAUGAUGAAGAUAUUCGGGUUCUGUUUCAUUGUGUUAGGAGUUUUCCGGAGGUCAGAAUACACGAGUUGUAUGCGAAGUUGGAGGUUGGUGUCGAGAGUUCUGGGGCAUCAGCUCCAGUUCAUAGCUCGACUGCCGCAGGCGGUGCGUCCAGUUUGAUGCCUAUGGCAGGACCAUCUGUUCCGCAGGUCGCAUCCCCUUCCUUCACGGCAGAUUUAGAUCAAACCGAGGCAGUGGGUUCUGUACCGUUGGAGAAUCCUGGGGUCUGGCAGCAGGCAUUUGAGGUGAAUACCGGUGGUGGCAUGAUACAUGAUGUUCAAGCCUUCGGGGAACCUGAUAGAGUAGAGAAUGCAAUGCGGGACGAUGACUCUGAAGGGGAGCCUGUAGAUAUCAUUAGGGACAGUGAUGAUGACACAGGUGCCAAUCUACAUGCACAGCACGGGCCUUCAAGUUCUGGCACACAGCAGUACCCUCCACACUUCUCCACUCUAAACUUGGAGGCUCUGGGUCAACAGGCGGACGAAGGUGCUACAAUUGGCGGUUCUUCUACAGAAUUUCAGAUUGGACAAUCAUUCCAGAAUAAAGAUGAGGCUGUUCUGAGUGUGAAGGACUAUAGCAUCUAUCGAGGUAUUGAGUACAGAGUCGUGGAAUCGGAUCAUCUGAAGUAUCAUGGAAGAUGCAAGGAGUUCGGCAAGGGUUAUACUUGGUUGAUUCGCAUAUCGCUUCGUGCACGAAAGGGCACUUGGGAGGUUAGGAGGUACAACGGUCCGCACACUUGCUUGGCCACCUCUAUUUCCAGUGAUCACCGUCAGCUUGAUUACCACGUUAUCUGUGCGAGGAUUUUUCUGUUGGUUAGGGCGGAUGCUGCGGUUACGAUCAAGGUCUUGCAACAAGCAACAGAAGCCGAUUACGGGUUCAGGCCUAGUUACAGGAAGGUUUGGAUGGCAAAACAGAAGGCAGUAGUACAAAUAUAUGGAGACUGGAAAGAGUCGUAUGCCGAGUUGCCACAUUGGAUGCUAGGGGUACAGUCGACCAUGGCCGGGACAGUCACUGUGUUGAAAAUGUCUCCUGUUCGACUUGGGGAUCAGGUCGAUGAGUCAACGGUGUACUUUCAUCGUCUUUUCUGGACAUUUCCACCCUGCAUCGAGGCCUUCCAGCAUUGCAAGCCCCUCGUGAGUAUUGACGGAUGGGAACUCGAACAUCCUCCCGAUAGCCUUCGCCCUUGUGGAGGGAGAAAAUGCGGAGUCAUGGUUGUGGAGGGAGACAAUGUGGAGUCAUGGUCCUUCUUCUUGUCCAACCUACGAUCGCAUGUGACGCCGCAAAAGGGUAUCCUUGUUAUCUCUAAUAGGCAUAAUGGCAUCAAGGCUGCACUUGAGGCCCCCGAAAAUGGUUGGCUGCCUCCACGUGCUUUUCGAGCGUACUGUAUUCAUCAUGUGGCUGCAAAUUUCAGCCUUAGCUUCAAAGGUAAAGAUGCAAGGAGGAUGCUGGUGAAUGCUGCUUAUGAAAAAAUUGAAGCAGAGUUUUAUUACUGGUUUGACAUCAUGCGGACUAAGAACCCGGCCAUGUGUGACUGGGCGAAUCGUAUGGAGUAUGACAAGUGGACCUAA